GACUGUAACGGAGGGACUCCGCCAGCGUUACUGUGAAUAUUAUCCUUGUACUUAGUGAAACGACGACAGCCAUAAAUCUAUUUUUACAUUUUGUUGUUGGAGGUCAAGCCACUCUUUGUCUGUUUUGUUUGCGAGUCUCGUUUGCUGGCUGUCACCUUUGUUUUGUGCCACUGUUAACAUGUCCGGCGGAGGUGUCAUUCGCGGUCCCGCGGGGAGUAACGACUGUCGGAUAUAUGUGGGAAACCUCCCCCCUGAUAUCCGCACCAAAGACGUCGAGGAUGUGUUUUAUAAAUACGGAAUCAUUCGCGAUAUUGAUCUGAAAAACCGGCGAGGAGGACCACCAUUUGCCUUCGUGGAGUUCGAGGACCCGAGGGAUGCAGAGGAUGCAGUUUAUGGACGUGAUGGUUAUGACUACGAUGGCUACCGUCUGCGCGUUGAGUUCCCUCGAAGUGGACGAGGAGGCGGUAGGGGAGGUGGUGGUGGAGCUUUAGGAACCACAAGGGGAAGAUAUGGUCCCCCGUCAAGACGCUCCGAGUACAGGGUUAUUGUCUCAGGUCUUCCCCCCAGUGGAAGCUGGCAGGACCUGAAGGAUCACAUGCGAGAGGCAGGUGAUGUAUGUUAUGCUGAUGUGUACCGUGAUGGCACCGGGGUAGUGGAGUUUGUGCGCAAGGAAGACAUGACCUACGCUGUCCGUAAAUUGGAUAACACCAAGUUUCGCUCUCACGAGGGAGAGACGGCCUACAUUCGUGUGAAGAUGGACGGUCCUCGCAGCCCCAGCUAUGGUCGUUCUCGCUCUCGUAGCCGCAGUCGAAGCAGGAGCAACAGCGGCUCACGCAGCUACUCCCCACGUCGCAGCAGAGGGUCUCCGCGUUACUCUCCUCGGCGUUCCCACUCGCGCUCUCGCACUUAAGGCCCAUCAGACCUUAUUUAAAAACCACCAGCCAGCUCAACCCAGCGAUGCAUCUCUGAGUGGAGAACAGGAACUUCACUGGACAAAUCCUCUACAGUCUCCAUGGACCGUUUGAUAUAGUUCAGAGGAGCAGGAUAGGAUGGGAACAGAGGAAAAGGAAACACAGUUCAUAUUAAGAUAAACAGGAGGAGGAGGAGUCAUAUAUGGCACCAAUGGUUUGGACUGGGCUCAUUAUCCCCCCCAUUCCGGAGCCGGAUCAGGAUUCAGGAUCAGAUCAGGAUUAGGAUUAGGCUUCAGGAUGGAUACAUGGAGCAGGAGCAUGGGAGCAUUUUACCGGGAGAGGAUCCCGACCCCUGGCCCUGUCCACAUAACCCCAUCAAACCGGAAACGUAGUGAGAUAUUCAAAUUAAAUUGGCCUUCAAACAGUCAAAAGAGAAAGUUUCUUUUUGUGUGGGACCACAGCGACGCAAUCGCUGAUGGCAUCUUGAUGAGUAAUUGUUUUUCAGAUAAAAAUGUUUUUUUUUAAAUAAGUGGAGCAAAGGUCGGAUCAAAACCAGGAGGAGGGCUGGCAGGUGCAGGAUGGAUCCACGCACAUAAGGAGAGUGGUAAAUAGUGGGCAACCAUUAACAGUGGAGGAGGGAGGGAACAGGGAGGCGACAAGGGAAUGUGACCUCAAUGUGCUUUUUUUUCCUCCUAGGUGUUUUGCUGCAGAAGAUGAUUUUUAAUUUUGCUAAGUAUAACCUACAAUAUCU